AUGGAAGACCAAACUGUGCAUUUUCGACAUAUUUUACUGUUUUACUUCCGUAAAGGGAAGAACGCGCGUCAAGCUUGUGAAAAAUUGCGUAAAGUUUACGGUGACGAUGCUCUACAAGAACGUCAGUGCCAAAACUGGUUCAAGAAAUUCCGCGCUGGUGAUUUUGAUCUCAAAGAUGCUCCUCGGUCAGGAAGGCCCACCGAGGUUGAUGACGACAAAAUAAAGGCAUUGAUCAAGUCAAACCCACGUUACACGACACGAGAGAUUGCAGAAACAUUGAAGAUCAGUCAAAAAAGUGUUCACGUCCACCUAAAGAAGCUGGGAUACGUAAGCAAGCUCGAUAUUUGGAUUCCUCAUGAACUCAAAGAAGUUCAUUUGACGGCGCGUAUAAACAUCUGCGAUAUGCUCAUGAAACGUGAAGAAAACGAUCCUUUUUUGAAACGAAUGAUAACUGGUGAUGAGAAGUGGAUUGUUUACAACAAUGUGGAACGCAAACGGUCUUGGUCCCGACGUGAUGAUUCGCCUCAAAUGACUUCAAAAGCAGAACUUCAUCAGAGGAAGGUUAUGCUCUCAGUGUGGUGGGAUUGUUUUUGGGGUGUGGUGUUUUUUGAGUUCCUACUAAGGAACCGAACAACCAAUUCGGAUGUGUACUGUCGGCAAUUGGACAGUUUGAACGAAUCUGUCAUCCAGAAACGUCCGGAGCUCGUCAAUCGUAAAGGAGUUGUGUUCCAUCAAGACAACGCGAGACCACACACAUCUUUGGCAACCCGUCAAAAAUUAUUGGAGCUUGGAUAG